AUGUUGCGGAUCUUGACAGUCGCCUGCGUGCUCACGACUUGUCGCGGUGCCGAUGCGGUGCCCCCUCAGGGCGCAAGCUCUGAGAGUCAGGCUCCCGAGGUGAUCUACGCCAUAAAUGCAGGAGGGGACACUCAUACGGAUAUACAUGGUAUUCGCUACGAAAGGGAUCCGCUUUUCGGUAAAAGUAAUUGUGGAACCGCCAGUGAAUUCGGACGCACUUUAUUGAUAGCCAGAUCACAUCUUAACGACCAAAUACUCUAUCAGACCGAAAGGUAUCACACAUCGACCUUCGGAUACGACAUACCGGUGUCGAGCGAUGGGAAUUAUGUGAUGAUCCUGAAGUUUUGUGAGGUCUACUUCGAUGCUCCAGGACAAAAGAUUUUCGAUGUUGUUCUGAAUCAUGAGCACAUCGUGGUGCCAAAUCUCGAUAUAUUCGCUAGGGUAGGCCGGGGUGUGGCUCUUGACGUGGUGGUGCCUUUCAAAAUCAAGUCGAACAUGCUUUUCGUCAUUGGUCAGCAAUCCACCCAUACCGGAGAAAUCCGGGUGGAAUUCGCGAAAGGAGAAUCGGACAAUCCCAAGAUCAACGCGGUCGUCAUCGCUAGAGGUGGCCCCGAUAGUGUACAUGAGCUCAUCGGACCGAUGCCCAUGCCUGUUCCCGUUGCCGUGCAGACCGCAAUCGAGGGCGAGACCGUGAAACCGGUUUUCACUCCUCUCGAGGAAUCGACGGACAAAACCUAUGCGACCCCCCCACCGGCAGAUCCGGCUUACGGGCUGGAAGAACUGAUGUCUCUGCUGCCAGUCAUCGGUGCGAUCGGAGCUUUCGUUCCGGUCCUCUUCUGCUGGUUCCGUAUUUGAGGGACUGUGAGAAACUGGUCAGCAAGUCUCUAUGAAUCCCUCGACAAGUACGCCGAUGGAGUCUACGGCUCUGAAAAGGAAAAAGGACGGACUCGUCUUCCACGUCUGGCGUCGGAGAUCAUCGAAAACCGACUCAAUUAAUGCCAACGAUUAGCGGAUGCAAUUUAGUUCAAUAUCCUCGUCAGACCGACAGCCGCAUAAUUCACGCUAUGGGACCUUCCUCAAUCCCAACAUCAAUGUACAUAUAUUUUGCUCAUGGACGCCGAUGGAAUCACCGUCAGAUCAGGCUGUUCCCGUCGCUCAUUGUAGAAAUCAUCUGCUCUCGUUCAGGUCCACAGACAUUGUAAAUGAAGGAGACAUUCCUCAAAUCUAGGUACAUAUAG